UACGGUCGAUAACGCAGACAUGGAGCGACACCAAAGCAGUGUGACGAGGACUCCCCUCAACAGUGUUGUAGUCCAGAGGAGGAGCAAAAGUAAGAGCUACCGGCAGUCUUACCGCAGCUGCUUGGGUGCUACUUCACGUCUUGGCUUCACCCCGGCGUUGACAGCACAGAGGCUCAACGCCAGCAGAAGAGCUCCAAAGUCACACGAUAUCACAGAGAAGGUGAACCCUAAGCAUCUAGACUUACUGACGAAAACAGAGUGGCAGCUGUCCUACGUUACUCCUCUCUACCAGUUCAGACACACCCAGCUGAAGAGCUACUCCAGACAGCUCUCUGCAUUUAUCGCUGCAGAGAAGCAGCAAGGUUUGGCUGUGGAGGUGGAUGGAUCGCACAGCUACAGAGUCUCCUUCUCCGUGGUGCAGGGGAUGGUCGAGACAGACCACGAUGCUGAGACCAUCCUCAUACAGAUCCAUUCAAAUCCUAUGUUUGCCAGGCAGGACGAGCCACUGAAGUCUGUGUGGAGAGGCUACCUCACUUGUAUCAACGGCAACCCCGACUACAUCCGCUCACUGCUAAAAGACUUUAUCUGUCUGCCGCUCUUUGGCAGCAGUGGGCCAGAGGGUCUCACCUGUUUGGUCAAAUCCUGGUUCCAGAAGACCUUUGACUGCUACUUUGGCCCGUUGGAGAUCAGCGAUACGAGCCUGAGGUGGCUGGUGGCGUUAUGGACAAACUGCCACAUGGAGUCCAACAUCCAGCACCUCAAAAUGAUUUGGACUCUUCCAGCUGUGCCACCACUGCAGAUCACCUACACAGUUAACCCCCAAGACGCCUGGGAGCUGUGGAGCAGUGUGAGAAAGGCUCACCAGGAGGAGAACGAGGGAGGAGAGGACGCGAAAGAUGAGACUAUUGUUGAUAUUGAGGAGGUGAUGAGUUUCAUGCAGCAGCUGAAGAGCCACUUCUACAGACACUUCAGGCUGGAUCUAUCUGCAGGAAGCCUUAACCAGGUGUCCACAGCACUGGGCUCAGCCAAGAGCAACGGUCGAAUCAAGAUUUCAAACAGCAAAUACAUGAUCACCACCCUGACACUAUUGACAGAGUGUGCCCUUCUCAAAAUGCCCAUCUGAGUGUGACUGGGGGGAAAAAAAGAAGAACACUGUAUACUAUAUUGCAACAGCAGUAUUCAUUUAAAGACUGGACAUGCAGAUUCAUAUUGCAGAUUACUAAACUUGUCUCCUUUUUUUUUCUCUUUAUCUUAAUUUCUCCUGUGUUGAGGAAUUUGUCUGCAUGUUUGCUUUUGCUUUGUCAUGUUUUUGUCCUUGUGAAGCACUUUUACAUCAGUUAAAUUGGUGAGAACUUGAGGCCAUUAAUGUGACUCAGUUUCUAAUUAUGUUCCUAUUAGUCUGCUGUGUUGUCAAACGUGCAGGUUUCACCCUCACUCCCCUUCUUGUAAACUAUACUGUAUAUAUUCAUGUGUGUUUAUAUAUUUUUCAUUUAUAGUUAUAAUAAA